ACCCCGCGCCGCCCCGCUCGCCCCGGCCGGCCCGCGCGCCUCCGCCGCCAUGAACCCCUCGCCGCUCAAGACCGCCUUGGCCUACGAAUGCUUCCAGGACCAGGACAACUCGACGCUGGCCCUGCCGUCGGACCAAAAGAUGAAGACGGGCACGUCGGGCCGGCAGCGCGUGCAGGAGCAGGUCAUGAUGACUGUCAAGCGGCAGAAGUCCAAGUCCUCCCAGUCGUCCACCCUGAGCCACUCCAACCGAGGCUCCCUGUACGACGGCCUGGCCGACGGUUACAACAGCUACGGGGCCAGCGGCCGCAGCAGCUACUAUUCCAAGUUCCAGGCCGGGAAUGGCUCCUGGGGGUAUCCGAUCUACAAUGGGACCCUCAAGCGGGAGAUGGACAACAGACGCUUCAGCUCCUACAGCCAGAUGGAGAACUGGGGCCGCCAUUACCCCCGGGGCAGCUGUAACACCCCCGGCACCGGCAGCGACAUCUGCUUCAUGCAGAAGAUCAAGACGAGCCGCAGCGAGCCCGACCUCUACUGCGACCCGCGGGGCACCCUGCGCAAGGGCACGCUGACCAGCAAGGGCCACAAGACCACCCAGAACCGCUAUAGCUUCUAUAGCACCUGCAGCGGCCAGAAGACCACCAAGAAGUGCCCCGGGCGCCCGCCGUCCUGCACCUCCAAGCAGGACCCGGUGUACGUCCCACCCAUGUCCUGCAGCAAGGACCUGUCCUUUGGCCACUCAAGGGCCAGCUCCAAGAUCUGCAGUGAGGACAUCGAAUGCAGUGGGCUGACCAUCCCCAAGGCUGUGCAGUACCUGUGCUCCCAGGAUGAGAAGUACCAGGCCAUCGGGGCCUAUUACAUCCAGCACACCUGCUUCCAGGAUGAGUCUGCCAAGCAACAGGUGUAUCAGCUGGGAGGCAUCUGCAAGCUGGUGGACCUCCUCCGCAGCCCCAACCAGAACGUCCAGCAGGCCGCGGCGGGCGCCCUGCGUAACCUGGUGUUUCGGAGCACCACCAACAAGCUGGAGACCCGGAGGCAGAACGGAAUCCGCGAGGCCGUCAGCCUCCUGAGGAGAACCGGGAGCACCGAGAUCCAGAAACAGCUGACCGGCCUGCUCUGGAACUUGUCUUCUACGGACGAGCUGAAGGAGGAGCUCAUCGCCGAUGCCCUGCCGGUCCUGGCUGACCGCGUCAUCAUCCCCUUCUCCGGCUGGUGUGACGGCAACAGCAAUGUGUCCCGGGAAGUGGUGGACCCCGAGGUCUUCUUCAACGCCACGGGCUGCUUGAGGAACCUGAGCUCAGCUGACGCCGGCCGCCAGACCAUGCGCAACUACACGGGGCUCAUUGACUCCCUCAUGGCCUACGUCCAGAACUGUGUGGCAGCCAGCCGCUGUGAUGACAAGUCCGUGGAGAACUGCAUGUGCAUCCUGCACAACCUCUCUUACCGCCUGGAUGCCGAGGUGCCCACCCGCUACCGCCAGCUGGAGUACAACGCCCGCAACGCCUACACCGAGAAGUCCUCCACCGGCUGCUUCAGCAACAAGAGCGACAAGACGAUGAACAACAACUACGACUGCCCCCUUCCCGAGGAGGAGACCAACCCCAAGGGCAGCAGCUGGCUGUGCCACUCGGAUGCCAUCCGCACCUACCUGAACCUCAUGGGCAAGAGCAAGAAGGACGCCACCCUGGAGGCCUGCGCCGGCGCCCUGCAGAACCUGACCGCCAGCAAGGGGCUGAUGUCCAGUGGGAUGAGCCACUUGAUCGGGCUGAAGGAGAAGGGCCUGCCUCAGAUCGCUCGCCUCUUGCAAUCUGGUAACUCCGAUGUGGUGCGGUCCGGAGCCUCCCUCCUGAGCAACAUGUCCCGCCACCCUGCGUUACACAGAGUGAUGGGGAACCAAGUGUUCCCGGAGGUGACCAGGCUCCUCACCAGUCACACUGGCAACACCAACAACUCGGAAGACAUUCUGUCCUCGGCCUGCUACACCGUGAGGAACCUGAUGGCCUCCCAGCCGCACGUGGCCAAGCAGCACUUCUCCAGCAGCAUGAUUAACAACGUCAUCAACCUGUGCCGCAGCAGUGCCUCGCCCAAGGCUGCAGAAGCUGCCCGGCUCCUCCUGUCUGACAUGUGGUCCAGCAAGGAGCUGCAGGGCGUCCUCCGACAGCAAGGUUUUGACAGAAACAUGCUGGGAGCCUUAGCUGGGGCCAACAGCCUCAGGAACUUCACCUCCCGAUUCUAAGGAGAGGCUGCCCAAGUAAGUCAGCUUACAGAGAUGAAAUGACCCAGCUGAGAAGACCACAGGCCUCGCUGGAGGGGUCAUUCUGUCCACACCAUGCAGUGUUUGGACAAGUUCAAACGCAAGGAGAACAAACCUGGACACUGCAGAUGAUGGAGAUAUUUUUAGAUUUUUUUUUUUCCUUAGGGGAACUGGCAGAAAAUGGGGGUGGGGGGGGGUGGGGGGGGCCUUUCUUGAGUUAAAGGGGCUUGUCUCUGAUGUUGAUACUUCUUUCGCUGAGAACUGGUAUAUACGUGUGUAUAAUGCGUGCGUGUGUGCGGGUGUGUGAACGCGUGACCGCAAACUGCAAACAGCGGGGUGAGCUGUCCGACUGCGGCUCACGAGCGGUGACAAGGACUCCUCGUGUUUCUCACUCGUGGGCAAGGACGAUGCGUGCUUCUUGUUUCUCUGUGCGUAGUUCCCGAAAUGCAUUGUGCCCCGGGCAGGGCCCUCACGGGGGUCAGGCCCCGAGGAGGCUGCAGGGGGACUGUCUCCCAGGGGGCGAGGUGGCAAGGGAGAGGUGGCAAGGGUGUUGGGGUGCAGUGUAUCUCCUGGGAAAAUCGGGUUGUCCCGGAACGCCCCCCUUCCCCCAGCACCGUGAGGCCUGGGGCGGGCGGGGUGUGGGCCCUGCAGACGGGCAGGGACAGCCACACUUGCUUUGCUGUAGGAAGUCUGUCCCGGGGGGCUGGGAGCGGGAGAGGGGGCUCACCAUUCUCUCGGGCCGUGUCCCCGUCAGAGCAGCUUCAGCCUGCAAAGGGGCUGGUCAUCCUUGGGAAAGAAAGCGGAUGAUGCUCGGAGCGAGAGAGCUGUUCAGGGCCUGGCUGUCUGGUCUUCAUCGUCCUGCUGGAGGGGGACGGCUGGGGCUGAGCAGGGACCCGCUCCAGCCUCCAGGGGCACAGGCACCUUUUCAAGGUUAACAGGAGGAUGCUUCCCUGCCUGUCAGGGGAGACUCACCUGGGGAGUGCUGGGGGUCCCCGGAAACGUGGAGCAAGGGGAUUUGGAAAGACCAGGAGAGGGACUGUCAUGUCAGGGCACCAGCAGGUGGCUGCCCCCACCUUCCCCUGAGCCCCAGCCGCAGGGGAUGCCAUAACAGAGGCCCGGCCCCGCCGGGGGCACCAGCCGCAACCCAGACCCCAGAGUCGUGUGCAUUUCAGAUGAGAAGUAGUGGAAGGGCCUCAUGAGCAAAGCUGGCUUAAAGGGCCCUCCACAUGUCCCGAGGGACCGAGCAGGACAGAGGGUGCCGGGCCCCCCCGGCCUCAGCCUCCACCACCGUGCCCACGCUGUUGGUAUCAGAUAGGAUUUAGCGGCCUGGUCCAUACCGUCCUCUGGAAGAUGGACGGUGCUCCUCGCUCGUCAUGGGCACGGCCCCUCGUCCUCCUCCCAGGUCUCCUUCCCCCGCUGCCCCGCCCCUCAAUGCGGCCCCACUUCUUACCCAGCCGUCAGAACCCCAAAGCACCUCUCUGGGCUCAGGGUGUGCUGUUAGGAGAUGCGACAGCUGAGGCUGGGGGAGGCCAGACGUGAGGACAGGCUGUUUAACCAGGUGUCUGUGGGUCUCUGCCAUGCUCCCUCCUUCUGCUCCUGGCUCACCCCUCCCUCUCAGCCCGCGAGGGAGCCUGGUCCCCCAGACUGUCUUGGGUGCAGGCAUCAGAAUGACCCCUCUGCUGGUCAUCGGGGCAGAGGAACUCAUUUCUUUAAAACACGUGUCUGGAGCACCAAGAUGGGCCGGCACCUGUCACUGUCCUCACGUAGCCCCCAUUUUCUUGGAGGAAAGGAAAGACAGGGGUCCUUGGCUUUAGGGCUCCCCAGUGUGAGAGGACUGUCCAGCCCAGUCAGGGUGAGAAAGACGUAGCUGCUCCAAGCUAGUCGGCGAUGGCCCGCGAGGGGCCCCAGCCGCGGUAGCUCUGCCCUGACGUCCCAUAGCAGCUCUGCCCGCUUUCCCUCCCCGCAGGGUUGCAGAACCCAGGGCCCGGCCCUCUGCCUGGGGACGGGCAGCUUUCCAGACCCCGGGGGUCCGAGGUGGACAGUGAGGCUGGGCCUGAUUUUGGUAAUGUCUUUCAUGCCCUAUCCUUCGGAAGAUGCGACCCUGAGAGGGUCGCUAGAAAAAGGGGUAUGGGGUUUGCCGGGCUAUGUGUCUGGGCAUGUCUCAGUAUUUCAUUUCCACGUGGGCCUCUCACUACCGCAGUCCACACCCAAAGCAAUACGCUCCAAUCAGGGGCCAAAGGAGGAAGGACACGGACCACCCAGUCUCUCCCCAUCCCUGCCCUGACCCCGGGAUCUCCCGUGUUAAGGCAGAUCCCAUCAGUGGCCAGCAGCAGCCUGUCCAGGGCAGAGGGGGCCAGACCAGCAAUGCAGACCCCGCACUUCCCCCCGGGACAUGGGAGGCCAUGAUGCUCUCUUGUCCACCAUGGAGCCUGGCUGAGAGAUAGGGUGGCUGGGAUGAGCAAGAUCGGGACUAUGGGAUGGGCAGGGAGGUGUCCCGGACCCACCGCCCCCCUGCGCCGUGUUCGUGUAAGAGCCACGUCUGGCCAGGCCUGUCUCCCUGUGUGAUGCACUGUGUAUUCGCUUUGUUGGAAAUAGAGGAAAUCAAUAAAUUGCUGGCGUUUCUUUGAA